AUUGCAAGCUGAUGCCAUUCAUAAAUCUUAUCCGAUCUCCAAACGAUGAAAGUGUUAUAGUUCAUAGAAAACAUGCUUAGACUACUUCCAAAAGUUCUGCACCAAAUAAAGACUCCUUCUCAAAUCAUCAGGACUUCCUGUUCGCAGAGGUCUUUGCCAAUUUUAACUCUCUUCACAAAGGAUCCAUGUCCCUUGUGUGAUGAAGCAAAAGAAAUACUUGAACCAUAUAGACAUAGGUUUGUAUUGCAGGAGGUGGACAUUACUCUUCCUGAGAACACAGUAUGGUACGACAGAUACAAGUAUGACAUCCCAGUGUUUCAUCUUAAUGGACAGUUUUUGAUGAUGCAUCGUGUGAACACAGCAGUCCUGGAAAAGCGGCUGGCCAAAUUAGAUAAAGAACCAGUAUAGUUAUGUUCAAAUGUGACAAAUGUGAACCCUGUAUUAUACUGUGGAAAAUUUUGGUAAGAUGUAAGAGAUAUAAUUGAUUUGCCUCAGUU